AUGUCUUCAGAACAUCAAAUAACAGAACACUUACAUGAUUCAAUAAUAAAGAAAAAGAAAAGUAUUAAGCCUUUCCACAGAGUUCAUGCACAUAGAAAUCCUCUUGCUGAUAGUCCAUCAACAAAUCCUAUUACACCACAAUCUCUUGAUUGGAAAUUAUAUUUUCCAAAUGGAAAACCAGCAGAAAUGCUUGAUAUUGGAUGUGGAUGGGGAGGAUUAGUUAGGGAGGUAGGAAUAAUUCAAGAGAAAAAUGUUCUUGGAAUGGAAAUUCGAGAUCCAGCAGUUCAAUACGGAUUAGAAAAGAUUCAAACUGCCAGAGAAAAGAAUGAAUUGAUGAAUGUUUGGAUUAUUCAAUGUAAUUGUAUGAAGUAUGUUGACAAUUAUUUUGUUAAAGGUCAAUUAUUGAAAAUAUUUAUAACAUUUCCUGAUCCUCAUUUUAAGAAUUCAGUAAAACGAAGAAGAAUAAUCAACCCACAUUUUGCUGCUAUGUAUGUUUAUCUUUUAAAACCAGGAGAAGGAUGUUGUAUACAGCAUCUGAUGUAA